ACCUAGAUAGUAAUCAUAAUUCACUACUUAAUAUACAUUUUUCGUCUUUAUUUACUUAAAAUAAGAUUGAUAUAAGACUUUAGUAGUUAUAUAUUGUAAUUGAUAUGGUUUAGGUAUUUUUCAUACAUUUAUUAAAAGUUAAUUUUAUAUAUUUUUUUAAAAAUUUUUGAUUUAGUCAAACAAUGGCUGUAGCAAGUAAAAUUCUAAAAACAAUUGACACAUCUUGCUAUGAGUAUAUGCAUCCAUGGGUUGCAUCCUGUUCAGACGCAAGUGCUGGAUUAUUUAUUCAUUCAUUACAGGCCUCUUUUCGUAUAUACGUUACUACUUACAUGUUAACUUUGUUAAUGAAAGGCCGUAAGCCCACAAAGAAGGAACUUUCACAAACUUUCCUAAGUAUUUUACAGUCAACUGCAUUUUUGACUUGUCAUGCAUUUGGUUUUUCAUCUGCAGUGUGUAUACUUCGGAGGAUGCUCAGUAAUUUCAAUGUAUUAACCGUAGCUUUUGUACCAUGUUUUUUAACAUGUCUUGUUGCUAUACUAAUUGAGAGACCUUCAAGACGAGGAUUACUAACUCUUUAUGUUACAAAUGUUGCUUCAGAAACAUUCUAUAAUAUGAUGGUCAGUAGAGGAGUAAUUAAACCUAUUCCUUAUGGUGAUUUAUUUAUAUUUGGGUCAGCCAUUACAUUGUUAUUGUAUUUUUACCGAGGCCAACAUAAUAAAGCUGAUUCGAUAUACUCUCUCUUGAGAUUCGUUGUCGGCCCUUGCGAAGAAAAUGAUUAUAGCAAGCCUUCUGUUUCUUCUCAGCCCAAUCUAGUUAAUGAAUAUCCAAAUCAAAAUACUAUUAAAAAGUUUAUCCAUGAUAUUCAUGCAUCCUAUCAUACUAUAGAUGAUCAACUAAAAAAAAUCUGGAUUAACGAGUCCUGUCCACAUGCUCAUGGAUGUCUUCAUUAUAUAACAGCUUCGGGGACAAGAUUAUUUUUGAUUGGUUACACUCUACAAUUAUGCUUAAAAUCAUUAUUACAAGUAAAACGAGUAAUACGUAAGCCAACUUUUGUGUUGAAAUUAAUGGUGACUCCUGAUACAUUUAGUUUGGGAGCAUUUCUAGGAGGAUUUUCUACCAUUUACAGAUUAGUCUCGUGUGUUUCAAGAAGAGUACUUACAAAGGAUUCCAAAUAUAUAUGUAUUCCAGCAGGAUUAUUAGCCAGUCUUACAUUUUGUUUGUACCGUAAUAAUACAAUUGCUUUGUAUGUCAUGUUAAAGUCACUACAGUUAAUCUACAAUAAAGGUUCUAAUGGUAGAAUACUACCCAAUUUACCGCAAGCAAAUGUAUUUAUUUAUUGUUUUUCUACGGCUAUACUAUUCCAUGCUGCUAUACUAGAGCCACACAAUUUACGACCAUCGUACUGGAAAUUUCUACAAACUGUAUCUGGAGGCUGUAUAGGAUUGAUUGAUAGACAUUGCUUAGAUGCAUUUGGGCUGCGAUCAAGUGAAUCACUUGAAAAAGUGCUAUUGAAACAUAAGCCAGUACCUUUACAGUUAAUCAAAUUUUAGUUUAAUUAGUGUUUAAGUAUUGCAGGGUAAUCCAUUUUUAUAUUAUAUAUAAUCAUUGUAGGAUAUGGUGGGUUAAAAUAAGUUUUAACUGGAAUUUUAUAUAAAAGGACUGAAAAGUUGGGUAUUUUUAAACUUUAUAUCUAGGUAUUGAGGACCUUUAUGUUCCUUGUUUGUUAUUUCAUAGUGAACUCUUACUAAGUUAAAUGUUACGUGGGACUCAAGUUUAUAUUUUACAGAUGUAUUUAUG